CUUCAGCACUUGAAGGUGGAACUUCAGCUAUAUAAAUGACCAUUUAUUUAACGUUGGCAACUCAUUUCGGGACCUGGCACUUACUGACGAGGACAUGAAACUACACGCAAUUUUUGUCUCAGUGGCCGUUUGCUUCGCCAUUAUCGGGGAAGCGGCAGUAACGACAACGAAAAAAAUGACAACGAAAAAUAUAAUGACAACGAAAAAUGUAAUGACAACGAAAAAAAUGACAACGAAAAAUGUAAUGACAACGAAAAAAAUAACGACAACGAAAAAAACAACUACACCUGCGCCAGCAAACCAAUCGUAUAAAGUUUGUAGUGACACUAAUUCAACUUCGGCCAGUGGGUCCGUUCAACCUCUAGGUGGACUAACACCGAAUACAACAGCAAGAACCUGCAACUUUAAUAUUAACGCACCGGUCGGCCAGCAAGUUCAGUUGACCUGCUGGGCCGUCAGUCUUUCUACAUUGAAUUUGAGCCAAGCUGGAUUUUCACCAGUAGUAAUAAAUUCACUGACAUUUAACAAUGUCAUCGAUAUUUUCCAAACCGGGGACUAUAUCGUACCAAACAGGGUUUACACUUCUAAGAAAAAUACGUUUUCUAUGACAUAUCGAGUCGUCAAUGCAAAGGACUUCUUUAAUUGCAGUUGGACAACAAUAACAGCGCCAGCGUCGACAGCAACGAACUUCAAAUGGUGUCGUGAUGAGCAGGCAUCAGCGGGCAAUGGGGCCAUUUCAACCAUUCAAGAGAUAAAUACCAAUGACGAUUGGUAUAGAGUGUGUCCUUUCUUCAUCAAUUCUACGGCUGGUCGUCUAACGCAGAUGUCUUGCUCGGCAGUCAGCGCUAAAUCACUUUUACCCCUUACAACUUUCGAAGGAGCUUUCGUUAUGAGCUUUAUGACGUGGCUACCGUACGUGAACAGGUUGACUGCAAGUGGAAGUCGAGCAGAUUUGCUCGUUCGUUAUUAUAAAACUGACCAACUUAAUUGUCAAUGGAAAUCGAUAACCCCAUCCUCUACGACUACAUCAGACGCCAACCUUUGCCUUCGUGGACCUUCGACAAACUCAAACGGAACUAUCCAGCAGCUAAGUAAUCUACCGUUAUCAGCUGGACAAACGAAGUGGUGUCUUUUCUCUAUCAUCGUACCUGCCGAUAAGAAAGUUCAGGUGUCAUGCUCCGUCGUCAAUUUGGUUUCAGAAUACAGUUAUUUGAUGUUUGACGGAGUUACCGAAGUACCUACUCCCUCUACUGGCUUGUUGCCAACUUUGAACAGGAUUUAUACUUCGAUCAAGAAUCGAAUAGACGUAGCGACUUCUUAUAUGAAUGGAGACGAGUUUACUUGUAAAUGGAACACAGUAACAAUCUCAGCGACGACGCCAUUUACUCUUUGCAUUCAGGGAGAGACAACGGUGGCAGGGUCAAUUAAAUCAAAUGCGGUAGCAACGGCUUUUUCUAGAGCGUGCCGCUUCAACAUCAAGGCACCUUCGAGCAAGCGCGUCAAGAUUAACUGUCCGACCGUCAACAGCCCCGAUAACAUGUUAUUGCAAUAUGAUGCGUUCGGUAACAACAAUACCCUGGCAUCGCCGAUGGUCGCCCAAACCAGUUAUACAUCAAAUAGCAAUGAAAUCGUGCUAUUCGCAGUUUUGAACUCUGUCAUGUUGAAUUGUACGUGGACAUUCGUUUAAAUUGCGAUGAAGACUGGACUUGCGUUAUCAUCUAUGAAUUGCGCAGUUUUGUGUUGACCUUUCUCAAUUUCUCCGUUGGCAAGACUUUGUUAAAAAAGAAAAAUAACAAAAAAUUUUAAAACACUAUAAUCAAUAAGACGACCGUAUAGAUGAAGGGGAAACAAUUCAAAUUGAUGUAUUUGAUUUGUUACUCCCUGAUGAGAAAUUCUUUUCGACAGGACGUACUGAUUGAUAUAAAACCAAUUUAUCAAAUAAAUUUUCGUCAAUUUAAUUUCCAUAAUCAUGGUGCAAGGCAUUGAGUUCAAUAUAUACUUGUUUAUCAAACA